CUUAAGCAAUAGCAGUGUUUCAUGGUCUUUAAAGAUCUGCUGGAGUUUGCGGCCACGCGAUAGCUGCGGUUACACCGGGACGCAGUUUCGACGGACGCCGAUGCCGCACCGAAGGAUCCAGAGGAAGGCCGAGCAGAGUCAUUUUGAAGAUCCACCACUGUCACGAGAAAGCGGGGAACCGGUCGGUCGAUGGCUCGGUGGCAAGGUGAAGACAGUCCACUUGUGUUCCACGAGGCCUCAGAAAAUUCCAGCGUCGAUUGAAUUGCGAGCAAAAGGAAACACUCCUAGGAGCAUGACGCGGCCACGGAAACGCGCGAUCCUCCGGGUACUGCAGCUGGUCAUCUGCUUGGGAGCCGUGCUCUUGACUCUGAGACUGUCUCUCUUCGUGAUCGGAGAUGAAAGCAAGCCUCUUCCAGUCGACAACGAUGCGCGUAGGCUGAUGAUCGAAGCCGAGGCGGACAACACCCGGCGGUCGUUGAACGUGGACAGAGUGUGCAAGAAGUACAACUUGGGAUUCUACCGGAAACUCGCGGAGGACUCGCCGUUCAAGCAUCCGCCUGCGCCUCAGUACAUGGUCUUCUACAUGGACAGAGCACACAACAUAUCGUACUGCCCGGUGUACAAAGCCGGCACCACGACCUGGCUCUAUAAUCUCUGUUUAUUAAUGAAUGUACCCGAGGAGACGCUAAAUAACGGAAAAGAGCAGCUAUCGACCGUCGCCAGGAGAGUGAUACCGGAACUCGAUUACCCCGAAGCCGCUCAGGUGCUGAAGGCCAGCUGGAAGCUGCUGGUCGUGCGGCACCCGUUCGAGAGGCUGUUGAGCGCCUAUCGCGACAAGCUGGAGAACUCCGUAGCUGGGCGGGAGCACGGGACGCUGCACUUCUACCGCAAGUACGGGGCCAAGAUCGUGAGCAAGUAUCGCGGUAAGGAUUUCGUCCAGCCGCGAGCGGACCAGGUGAUCCGGCGCGAAGGCGCACCGCCGCCGGCCGGCGUGGAGCCGACCUUCCGUGAGUUCGUCAACUACAUCAUCGACACCGAUCUCGGCGGUUACGGCGACGACCACUGGAUGCCGUAUUAUCUCUAUUGCACGCCGUGCCUCGUCAGAUACGACAUCAUCGCGAAGGUGGAAACGCUGUGGCGAGAUCAGGUGUAUGCGAUCAACAAGUUGGGCUUGCAGGACAAGAUCAGGCCCAGAUGGAGGCACAGUAACAGCCAGGCGAACGCGUCCCGAGUCUACUUCAGUCAGCUGACUAAGACAAUGGUGCGGAGGUUGCACGAGAAGCUGAGGCUGGACUUUGAGCUUUUCAAUUACUCGGCCGAUGUCUAUUACGAGUACGCCACGUCUGUCUAUUAAUCGGAGAACCGAUCGAGCCGUGAAACGACGAUUAACGACGACGACGACGACAUCGCUCAGCAGGAUUCGUUCUUUCUCUCUUUUCUCCUCUCUCUCUCUCUCUCUCUCUCUCUCUUCGUCAUGGCGAUUCGUGCCGCACAAUUUCCCGACACAACUCAACGCGACACCGAAUCGAGAACGCAGAUGAACGACAGAUGAGAAACACUGCGCAGAAAUGGGUGCUUUGCGUUUGAGAUAAAAGAGGGGAAAAAGCGAAAAAACGAAAGAAAGAGAAAGAGCAAAGAGGAAAAAAAGAAAUAUAUGUUAAGGCCCGUACACACAAACACGCGUACACGUAAUCCUGAUAAUUGAUGGAGCUUAAAUCGCGUUACGUCACGCGACGAACUUUUGUCGACGAAAAUCGAUCGACCUACUUCUCACCGUAAUGUAUCGGAGGGACCGGUUUGUCUUAAAGUCAAGGGUCUCCAAACGUAAAGCAUUAAUCGUCACAUUGAGGGGCGAAAGGAGGUGAAGGGGUAUCCACCGAGAAACGGGACAUUACCCUGGCGUGCACCAGAAAUAGUCCCGAAUUGUGUUCGCACGAAUUCCUAUGGACGACGUGCUUGAUACAGAAACACCGGCGCCGCCUCUUCGGCGACCUAGUCGUGUCGUAUCUCGAUUUUCCCCAGCUUGGCGAUACAUCGAAUUAGCGUCAGCCGGAUAAACCGCUGACGCGCUAAACCGUUCCGUGAGUUGGAUUAAGCGGCUAGCUUCUAGAUAAGAUCGCUGAUCGUGCGCGAAGGCAACGUAAGUAACUCCGCGAGACGUCAAUUCGAGGAAGACUUGUCUGACAAGAAAACACUCGGGGAUGUCGCUCAUCGUGCUUUAGGUGUGUCGUUGCACGGCUAUAAGGAGACUUAUUUUGAAAAAUCUAAACAGUUGUAAAGAGAGUACCGAAAAUAAAACUUUUCCAUAAAAUAUUCGUUUCUUCAUGCAUCCCACGAUUUCGAAAAUACACGCCCAUUUUACCGGGACUCCUUCGAAGGAUAUUGCUCCAAGCCCUGAAUGUACAAGCAAGCGAAGAAAAACGUGUAUCUCUUAUUUUAUCGCUUUGAAAUAUAUUCAAAGCCCAUGAAAAUUGGCGAGGGCUCUUCUCUGUGGAUUCUUCUAAGAUCCGCAUAAAUUUCAAAGAAACAGCGACAGAACCGAAUUUGAUAUUCGUAGUAGUCGGAUAAAAAUUCAGAAUGUGGAAGUGUGGGGAUUCAAACAGGGUUGCGCACGACAAACUGUCCUUUUAAUUAUUUCGACGAAACUCCGCGCGCGGUUCCAACAUUUUUAUGUUGGUUCAACUUUCUCCAACUUGGACCAACUUGCUUUUCAACGUCCUCACCUUGUUG